AUUUGGGUCACCGCGCUCUACGUAUGUUGUCUCCGGUACGCAAGCUCUCACCAAAGGUACAUGAUAAAUCCCACAUGCUGUUGCUGCAGUCACUCAGGGGCUUCCUUUUCUGUCAGGCUCUGCCAGGGACUGCUGACCAUUCGAGCUGCACUCGCGCAGGAGGCAGGCAGGCAGGCAUGAAGCAAGAGUUGGAUGUCCGGUUGCCCCAGUGCUCACUGAUGCUGCCCACUAUGCGUGAGUGUAGACAGACCCGGGGCCGUAAGAGGUGCCACCGCCAGCGAUGCCCGAGCUGAGUUCGUUUGACGAGGUCGGGCACAGCCUGCUGAUCCAGUGGCCCACGGUGGUCCACGCGACCGCGUACCAGCUGGAGCUCAAGCAGGAGGACGGCUCCGUGGAGCGCUACACGCGCGUCGCCGCGGAGGGCUCGGGGCCGGACAUGGCUCUGGCCGAGCUGCGCAUCGGCGGCCUCCGGCCAGGGCCCUGCUGCGCCUGCGUGCGGUGCGUGGCGCCGUGCGGGUGCCAGUCGGCGCCCUCUCCCUGGGGCGUGACCAGCGGCUGGGCGCAGCCGGCGUCGUCCGCGGGCUGGAUGCAGCUCAGCCAGCUGUCCGGGGGCUGGCCGCUAGCUCAGCAGCCACAGCUGGCACCUCCGAUGGCGCAGCAGCCCCCAGAAGCACUCAUGUCGGUGCUGCUCUCGACGAACCCGCUGGGCAGCGCCGCCGUAGGCGGCGGGCCAGGCGCCGCCGCCGCGCCGCCGCCUGCCGACGCGGCGCCGGCGGCCGUGGAGGCCGAGACCGCGGAGGGCGUGCUGCGGGCGCCGCCGCGGCGGCUGCCGCUGUCGGCGCCGCCCGCGCACGCGCCGAGCACGCCCCUUGCCGAGCGCGAGACGCCAGCCGCGCCGCGGGAGCCGCCGGAGCCGGCGCUGGACGCGCCAGAUUGGGCGGCGCUGGAGUCUCCCUCCACCUGGAGAUCGCAUGCGAACGCGUUCGAGGCCCCGUCCGCGGCGCCCUUCGAGCGCGAGGCCGUGGAGGCCGUGGUGCUCGACUGA